UUGCCCAGGACAAGGGUGGAGUAACUUUAGACCUCGUAUGGAAUAAUCGACCAGCAAGAUCAACAUUUAAAUACCAUGAAGAAGACGGAAAUAUGCAUUUGAAUAUAUUCUCUUCAGAUCUUAAACAAAUUCAGAGUCUGUUUCAAAUACAAUGUGUCUUUAAGAAUGAUUCAGAUGAGGAUGUGGAAAUCAACAUGGGAAAAAUUUUGGAUGGAAAAGGAAUCAUGCUUCUUGAUGGGGAGCCGAUGUCUAAGGACGUAGUCUACAUAGUCGUUCUGGAGCCAAAAUCCACAAAUAAUAUAUUUACUAUAGAAUACGACAUAUAUACAGGUGUAUAUGGCAAGCAUUCUGUGCCCUUUGCUUUCAAUGUGAACUACCGAGAUGAAAAUUUUUUGAUAUCAAGGACAAUAAUAAUAUCAAUUAGUACCGAAGAAGCGAAUAAUACCAUUCCCAAUCCGAUUCCGAAUCGAAGAUUAUUGGAUCCUAAAAGGGUUCCUUGGUGGGUUAGAAACAACAGCAAUACAGAGCCGCUUAUAGAAAGGUAAGAACUACAUUUGAAGCAAACGCUAGAGGAUGAACAUUUUUUUUCCAUUCUUUAUCAUUUUCGUUUUUUGAUUGGUUUCGCCAGGGAUGAAUUGAUUGAUCUGCACAAUUAAUCGUCUGUUGUGGUUAGGGAAAAUAUCAAUCCCGCAAAUCCGCGUGAUAAUAAUUAUCAAUCCCGCGGAUCCCCAAGAAUGCGGGAUUGUUAACAUUAUAUUCAUACUCUUUGUACUCAACCUAUCAAACAUGCCCAUAAAAAGGUCUUAUUCAUAUUAAUUAAUUAAAAUAUGAAAUAUCUGGACUGGUAUUUAUCUUUUCAAGUGAAAUAUGUUGGACAAGAAAAUUUCACAAAGCCUAAAUAAGUUUCAGAAGUGGCACAUUAUUAUGCUAUUAAAAACAUAGAAGAAGCCUUUGAUUCUGCUACCCGGGCAGUACGAAUGCUAUUAUUCGAUUCCUCUUCUAAAUUCAAAGGCGAUGGUUUACGCCUCGUUGCUAGAUUAGAUAAAGGUACUUUAUCCUCAUCAGCAUAAGUGAAAUAGUCUUCGGUUUGGGAUUGUGUUUUUUCUUCUAAAUACGUCUCUUUCUUAAUACGAUACCAUACCUGUCAUUAAUGAACGGCGCUCUUUUAUCCUAGAAAAUAAAGCUUUAACCCAUUUCCAGACUCAAUGUCGAGUUAUAAUGACUUUGCAAUUUGCUGAUCAUGAAUCGUAGUGUAGUUUCAGCAGUAACUAUUGUUGCAUCUUCGUCCGUAACUUAUGAGUGGUUUUUUACUAGCUGGAACCUAGAUCUUUGUGUAAAAUGUGGUGUAGUGAUGCACAUCCAACCCAUUCCUCGUUCUCUUCCAUUUUCAAGUACCGUAGGUGCCUGGGUUCAAGUUAAUCUAGUGUGAAACCGGUCUUCUCAAACUUUUUUACCCAUUUCUGAAUGAAAGGAAUACUUGGAGCAAGUGACGAAAACCUCGAAUAUUGGAGGAAUUUCUUCGCACUAUAGUCGCAGAAUUACCCUUUUUUGUAAAUAUUGGGCACAUUGGGAUUGGCAUAUCCCCGCUUCCUUUCGAAUCGUUGCAAUCACGCAGUAGGCUAAACAAAUAAACCUUCUUUUGAGACACCUUUUAGUGCAAUCACCACAAGUAAAGGGUG